AUGCCAUCGAAAAGGAAAGGCGCACCUGCAGGGCCAGCGAGAGGCAGCAAAGGAGGCAAGGCAAAGAAGAAGCCAGCAAACAAGAAGAGAGGAAAAGCAGAGCCUCUUCUUGGGGCAGGGUGGGCAGCCUUUCUUCAGCAUCUUGCAAAAACCGGGCCCACUUGGGCACUAAUUGCGCUCUCUCUGGCACACAUGUUAUGCUGCCGCAUAUCAGAAGUACUACGGCUGCAGCUUCAAGACAUCAACUGGGAGGACAAGAAGAUUCGGGUUCGAGAGCUCAAAGGUCACGCAGAAAUGAUGAAGCCCUUAUCCCAAGCCGCAGUCUUGUUCCUGGAGAAGCUCAAAGCUGAAGGUGGUCGCAAGAUUUCUCGCACGAGGAUGUGGGGCAGCAGAGGUUUGGUGACUUUCAUGGAUUGGUGGGUCUUUCCGCGCACCGCCGAGGGCUAUUUGUUUCCGGCUUCACGCAAGGACUCUCAGACACCUCAUCGGAACAAAGACGCCAUGGCAAAGGCCAUCAGGACAAGCCGAAAGUCUUUCGUGCCUCCGCCAGCAGCUGGUGCCAUUCAAGUAUUCAACGGGUACGGUCAACAAUCAGACGACCAGAUUGCAGAGGCCUUGGCAGCUGACCAAGGACUUCAAGAACUCUGGCUAGAUCUUUACUCGUCGUGA